AUGUCUGACAAUCUGGAUAAUGAAGAGAAACCCCCUGCUCCCCCACUGAGGAUGAAUAGUAACAAUCGGGAUUCUUCAGCGCUUAACCACAGCUCCAAACCGCUUCCCAUGGCCCCAGAAGAGAAGAAUAAGAAAGCCAGGCUUCGCUCUAUCUUCCCAGGAGGAGGGGAUAAAACCAAUAAGAAGAAAGAGAAAGAACGCCCAGAGAUCUCUCUUCCUUCAGACUUUGAACAUACGAUUCAUGUGGGGUUUGAUGCAGUCACUGGGGAAUUCACUGGAAUUCCUGAACAAUGGGCACGAUUACUCCAAACCUCCAACAUAACAAAACUGGAACAGAAGAAGAACCCACAAGCAGUUUUAGAUGUUCUCAAAUUCUAUGAUUCCAAGGAAACAGUCAAUAACCAGAAAUACAUGAGCUUUACAUCAGGAGAUAAAAGUGCUCAUGGAUACAUAGCAGCUCAUUCUUCGAGUACAAAAACAGCAUCAGAGCCUCCUUUGGCUCCUCCUGUCUCUGAAGAAGAAGAUGAAGAAGAGGAAGAAGAAGAUGACAAUGAACCCCCACCAGUUAUAGCACCAAGACCUGAGCAUACAAAAUCAAUCUACACUCGUUCUGUGGUUGAAUCCAUUGCUUCACCAGCAGCACCAAGUAAAGAGGUCACACCGUCUUCUACUGAGAAUGCCAAUUCCAGUACUUUGUAUAGAAACACAGAUCGACAAAGGAAAAAAUCCAAGAUGACAGAUGAGGAGAUCCUAGAAAAGCUGAGAAGCAUUGUGAGUGUUGGUGAUCCAAAGAAAAAAUACACAAGAUUUGAAAAAAUUGGUCAAGGGGCAUCGGGUACUGUCUAUACAGCACUUGACAUUGCAACAGGACAAGAGGUAGCCAUAAAGCAGAUGAACCUUCAACAGCAGCCCAAAAAGGAAUUAAUUAUUAAUGAAAUUCUGGUCAUGAGGGAAAAUAAGAACCCCAAUAUUGUUAAUUAUUUAGAUAGCUACUUAGUAGGUGAUGAACUAUGGGUAGUCAUGGAAUAUUUGGCUGGUGGCUCUUUGACUGAUGUGGUCACAGAGACCUGUAUGGAUGAAGGACAGAUAGCAGCUGUCUGCAGAGAGUGCCUCCAAGCUUUGGAUUUCUUGCACUCAAACCAAGUGAUCCAUAGAGACAUAAAGAGUGACAAUAUUCUCCUUGGGAUGGAUGGCUCUGUUAAAUUGACUGAUUUUGGGUUCUGUGCUCAGAUUACCCCUGAGCAAAGUAAACGAAGCACUAUGGUGGGAACUCCCUAUUGGAUGGCACCUGAGGUGGUGACUCGAAAAGCAUAUGGUCCGAAAGUUGAUAUCUGGUCUCUGGGGAUUAUGGCAAUUGAAAUGGUGGAAGGCGAACCCCCAUACCUUAAUGAAAAUCCACUCAGGGCCUUAUAUCUGAUAGCUACUAAUGGAACCCCAGAACUCCAGAAUCCAGAAAGACUUUCAGCUGUAUUCCGUGACUUUUUAAAUCGCUGUCUUGAGAUGGAUGUGGAUAGGCGAGGAUCUGCCAAGGAGCUUUUGCAGCAUCCAUUUUUAAAAUUAGCCAAGCCUCUCUCCAGCCUGACUCCUCUGAUUAUCGCUGCAAAGGAAGCAAUUAAGAACAGCAGCCGCUAG